ACCAUGUCAAAACCCUAAUUUAAGGUUUUUGUCCGAAAAUUCCCUUAUUAUUUGUGUUAUAAUUUCGAUUUUCUUUCUUAUUCUUUUCGAUGGCGACGACGGAAGCAGCGAAAUUCAAGAAAUCUGAUCUUAUACCGAUCCCACAACCACCAGAUUAUCACCCGGAAAUCACCGUUUCGCCGGCGCACGAUGGCCUUCACUUUUGGCAGUUUAUGAUCGCUGGGUCCAUCGCCGGCAUGGUGGAACACAUGGCCAUGUUCCCAAUUGACACAAUUAAAACCCGUAUGCAAGUAUUAGGAUCAUGCCCGAUUAAAUCUGUGGGGCUCCGACAAGCUCUCCAGUCGAUACUCAAGUCGGAUGGUCCCGCCGGCCUUUACCGUGGAAUCGGAGCGAUGGGACUUGGUGCAGGUCCGGCACACGCUGUUUAUUUUUCUGUAUACGAGAUGUGUAAAGAGGCGUUUUCGAGGCAACACCCUAAUAAUCCGGUGGCCCAUGCGGCGGCGGGGGUUUUCGCGACGGUGGCAAGUGAUGCGGUGUUUACUCCGAUGGAUAUGGUGAAGCAGAGGUUGCAGUUAGGUAGCGGAAGUCCGUAUAAGGGUGUUUUCGAUUGUGUGAGAACGGUUUUGAAAGAAGAAGGUUUUGGGGCUUUUUAUGCUUCGUAUCGGACCACGAUUUUGAUGAAUGCGCCUUUCACGGCGGUACACUUUGCUACCUAUGAGGCGGCGAAGAGGGGGUUAUUGGGAGUUUCGCCGGACAUCGCCGGCGAUGAACGGUUGGUGGUUCAUGCUACGGCCGGAGCAGCGGCAGGGGCAUUGGCUGCUGCCGUGACUACUCCACUUGAUGUUGUGAAAACUCAACUGCAGUGUCAGGGUGUGUGCGGAUGUGAUCGAUACGUGAACGGUUCUAUUAGGGAUGUUUUACGAACAAUUGUGAAAAAAGAUGGAUACAGGGGGCUUUUAAGAGGAUGGAUGCCACGAAUGAUGUUUCAUGCUCCAGCUGCUGCCAUCUGCUGGUCGACUUACGAAGCUGGAAAGUCGUUUUUUCAAGAGUUAAAUAGCGACGACAGAAGUAGCAGGAUGACUUAAGAUAGUUACAAAACAGAAACCGACAAUUCAGUUUUUUCCUCGUGUUCUUGUAUUGAGGAUAGCUGUCACGUAGAAAGAAAAGAUAAAGAGUUUUCCAAGCCGAGACCCACAUACUUCCAUUCCAAGGCGUUAUGUAUUUAUUGCGGAGCUCUAAAAUCGUUAGUCGAUUUGUUGACGAUCGACGAGACGGAGGCCGGGCUUGGUUGGUAUAAUUGUUUAUGGCAUGCUUGUGAGAUUAGCAGCUGUAUCUGUUGUUUAUUGGGUUCAAAAUUAUUUA